CUUUCGAUUCUGUCAGCUUAUGUCAUACUUCCUGCAACCUCAACCAACCUCAACAGUCCAUUAAUGGAGUAGUUACAUUGUCCUAAAUUCCUCUGUUCAACUGUCUGCAUUUAUUCCGGCGAGCGACCUUAGUGACGCUCGACGGCUACCUUACAUCGUCUAUAUAAACGUUUGCGCCGUAGCAUUUCGUGUAAAUAUCGUAGAGUUUGGAUACAUCAUUCUUACCGAAAAAUGAGUCGCGAAAAUGCUGUCGCGGCGCCGGUCUCGAUUCUUCUGAUGCUUCUAUUGGCGACGGUGGUUCCCGAGAGCCACGGAAAGUGCGCGUUCGAAGCUAUUUUUAAUUUCGGCGACUCGAAUUCCGAUACUGGCGGAUUCGCCGCCGCCUUCCCUUCCAUUCCCCCGCCCCACGGCAUGACAUUCUUCGGGACACCCGCGGGUCGAUACACUGACGGGAGGCUCCCGAUCGAUUUCCUCGCGCAAGCGCUCGGGUUGCCGUUCGUCUGCCCUUACUUGCAAUCGAUCGGGUCUAACUUCAAGCACGGCGCCAACUUCGCGACGUCGGCUUCUCCCGUUCUCCAGCCUGACAUGUCGGUUUUCGCCUCCACCGUAAGCCCGAGCCCGUUCUACUUGCGCGUGCAGAUCAACCAAAUGAAAGAGUUCAAGAACAAAGUCGAAUGCAAGCCCCGCGCGUCGAAUCUUCCGAAUCCGAAGAUCUUUGGGAGAGCGCUCUACACAAUCAACAUUGGCCACAACGAUGUAGUCCACAAGUUCGCCUCCGACGGCCCGGGCGGAGUCAAGCAAAUCGAGCCACAAUUAACUUCGGAGAUCGCCAACGCCGUCAAGGAGCUCUAUUCGAUCGGAGGGCGGACAUUUUUUGUCCAAAAUCUCAACCCGAUGGGAUGUUAUGCCGCGUCGUUGGCGUUGAUCAACCACGAUCCGUCCGACGUUGACAAAGCCGGAUGCAUGGUUUCGCUCAACAACGCCGUUCAAGAGUUCAACUCGGCGCUCAAGGACACGCUCGAGCAGACGAGGCAGGAGCUCAAAGACGCGAACAUCAUAUACGUUGACACCCAUUCCGUGCUUCUAGAACUCUACCAGAACCCGACGUCGCACGGAUUCAAGCAUGGGAUCACGGCGUGCUGUGGAUACGGAGGCGGACCGACUAACUUCCACCCCGACGUGUUCUGCGGAGACAGCAAGGAGAUCGACGGGAAGACGGUGAGUGCAACCGCAUGCGGAGAUCCUGAAAAGUACGUGAGCUGGGAUGGAAUCCAUUUCUCGGAAGCGGCUAAUAAGAUUGUCGCGGACACUGUCGUCGCCGGGACCAAUUUUGAUCCUCCGUUUAACCUUAAUCAGUAUUGCGAAAUUCAGCCCAUCGGCUGAAACGCGAUAGUAAUUUAUUGUUUAGUAGAAAUAAUCGGCAACUUCAUGUAUGUAUGUAUGAAUGAUUGCUGAGCUAUAAAAUGAAAUGUUUUGUUUUA